AAAAGAGUAGCUAUAUCCCUCGAGGUGGGGGAGUCGUGCAGACUCUAAGGUUAUAUCUAACCUUACUUGCCUCGAAGGAACAUGAAUGUCAGAUGUCAAGACGUUAGUUCGGAAUAAUCUCCGACUUAAUCAGGAUACGAAGACUUGGCAUCAUUUCAAGAAUUCUUCAGACCUUCCAUCAUGGUUCCUUUAUGGAACCAGCCAUUAUGGCUGAUAAUCGUUGCCUUCUCAAUCUUCGCGUCUCUAGUCUCUUCCAGCAAACAAUGCGAAUCCUCUCGAUACGAACACAAACCUCGGGUCUUCGUCCUUACCGAUAUGAGCAACGAGCCAGACGACCAAAUGAGCCUCGUCCGGUUCCUCACCUACGCCAAUGAGCUAGAGAUUCGAGGCAUCGCGGCAAUAACUUCGACCUGGCUCCGAAACCGUACGGAUCCCGAUACUAUCCGAGAGGUCAUCGAAGGGUAUGGAGAAGUGGUCAGCAAACUCAACAGCAAUGUCCCUUCCGACGCCGCAUAUCCAUCAGCCGAGGAGCUUCUGGGCAAGGUAUCUAGUGGCCACCCAGUGUAUGGUCUUGCAUCGCUGGACCAGAACAAUUUGAGUGAUGCAGCCGUCGCUCUUGUUCAAGCCGCAGACGAAUCUAGUGCUGCGGAUCCGCUGUGGGUGUCAAUUUGGGGCGGAGCGGCUGUUCUGGCUGAAGCUCUGCAACAUGUCUCGUCAACGCGUGAUGCUGAAGCUGCAGGCAAAUUCGUCGAAACUCUCCGGGUAUACUCUAUUUCGGACCAGGAUGACGCUGGGCCUUGGAUUCGCGAUCGGUUCCCGACCUUGUUCUACAUUAUCUCCCUCCAUGGCUGGAGCGAAUACACACAACCGACAUGGAUCGGUAUCUCGGGAGAAGAGUAUCGCCACUUUGAUAAGGGCGGGCCAAAUACGGAAAUUGUCUCCAACGCUUGGCUGCAAAAGCACAUCCGUAUCGGACCUCUGGGCUCCCACUACCUCAACUGGACAUUCAUAGUCGAAGGCGAUACCCCAGCCUUCUUGUCUCUCGUCCAGAAUGGACUUGAAGAUAUCGACAACCCCCAAUGGGGUGGAUGGGGCGGCCGAUAUACUACAUCGAUAGCCGACGGGGGCCACCGAUUCAAAUAUGCGACUAUUUGGCGAUGGAGGGAGGAUCUCCAGCACGAUUUUGCUGCCCGAAUGCAGUGGACCGUCAACGGGAAUUUUGGCGGAAAUAAUCACCAGCCGAUCGCUAUUGUCAAUGGCUCUUGUGGUCCGUCAAGUCUCAACGUUGAGUAUCAGUUUGGUGAAAGCCUGGUCUUUGAUGCGGCUGAAAGCUGGGAUCCAGACUCCGACACCCUGUCAUUUGAAUGGUUCCAUUAUCGUGAAGCGAGUGGCAGGGACUUGGAAGGUUUCACUAUUCCCCUGAUCAGUCAAAAUUUGGAUAUCGCAAACUUGACUGCAGAUGGCGGCGUUGUCAGGUUGGAACCACUCAAGAAUCAGACAAUGCAUCUCAUAAGCUCUAUUCGAGACAAUGGGGAUAUGCCCUUGGUGACCUACAGAAGGAUCAUUCUGCAGCCCUCUUGGUAGACCAUCUCAGAUUUAGAUUAGAUUCAGCGCAUGCGGCUCCAGCUACUUAGUAUCAUGUGAGCGUGAUUCCGCUCGCUGGGGAUUAAAUCAUUUGACUUGUCAGCCGAUACAUAUAGCUAGAUAGUUCUUCAGCUCCCAAUACCAAGUAUGCUUACCGUUGCCUUCAAAACAUCUCAUCUUGACCUGCGAUUCCCAAGGUACU